UACCCUGGACCAGAUCAUCCAUGUAGUUUAUUUGAAAUAAGAGAGUUUAACAUAAAAUGAUAAAUGAUUCAAGGACUACAUGUAUAUCGGUACAUUUGACCAGGAAGUACCUCGAUCACAAAACAUAAAUCUCGGUGAACGGUACGUUUUAAUCAAGCUGUCAAUGACUUGGAAGAAAGUGUGAUUUGUGAAACUUACUUUAGAAGCUUUGUAUUGGAUAUCUUGCUGGAAACCCUUCAAUGAGGAUUAUUCAUAUAUUUGUUGUUCUAUGUGAGAUAUUGUUCGUCAAAUGUCAAAUUCCAUCGGACAACUUUCUAUUCGGUACAACAAGAAGUAAUGUAGUAUGGUUUCUGAAUGGUACAAAAGAAUGGACAGAUUCGAAUAAAAAGCCGACCAGUACUGGCAUCAACUUCACGCAAAAGUUCCAAGGACUUCACGGCACGUCUUAUUUUCAUGCUCGGAAUUACUUGGUUUUUAGUUAUAAAGGAACAAAAUCAAUCUUUUUAUCAGAUAUUACCAGCAAAAUAAAUGUGUAUUCUUAUAUUGGAACCUCCACUACUGUUGGACACGUAGCAGUUGAUUGGUUAAGUGGAAAUGUUUACUGGUGUGAUGGUACGUUCGGCUGGAUUGGGAUGCUACCACUUCCUGCGUCUGUUGAAAGAGCGACCAUUAAUGAUAAAUUCAAAGUUGUCGUUGAUAAGUAUUUAGAUAUCCCAACCGGGAUAGCUGUUGAACCUUCACACCAAUGGAUAUUUUGGACUGAUGUUGGUAAACAACCAAAAAUAGAACGUUCUAGUUUGGAAGGAAAAGAGCGAAAUGUAUUGGUCUUACAUGGCCUUAUUCGGCCAGUGUCCAUUACUGUUGACACAACCAGCAAUAGAAUUUACUGGACAGACCCAAUCCGUGGUACUAUCGAGUCAUGUGAUUUUUAUGGCAAUGAUAGAAAAGUCCUCCGAACGGACACCAAUGCACAGUAUUAUGGGAUAGAAGUUUAUAAAAAUUUCGUUUUUGUGUCGGAAACAAGUAAAAACGAAAUCUUAGUGUUUUCUGACACUGAUGGCAGUCCAGUUAGUGACCCAUAUGGACCUGGUGUGAAAGUGUCAUCUAUAGGCUACUAUACAAAUGAAAACCAGGUUGUCAGCAAUGCUGCUUGUGCAACCAAAGGUUGUGAACAUAUCUGCAUCAUAGGAUCUGACUCCGCAGCAACAUGCACUUGUCAAGAUGGCUACACACUUCAUACUGACGGAUUACAAUGUACAGCUGAAACUCACGUACUGGAGAGAAGUAUUGUGUUUGUAAACAACUCUAGAAUCUGUGCCCUUCCUAUAACCUACAUUAACAUAAACCAGCUAUUAAAGAUAGAAGCAGAUUGUGAUGUAGGAGGUGUCUCAUCAGGAACGAUAACUCAUUUAGCGAUUAACGUUGCCGGAGAUGAAAUUUACUUUACAGUCGACACAACAAUAUACAGUCAAAAAUUUUAUCAAACUGCAUCAUCGAUAUAUACAGCUUCCAGCCAAAUAACAGGUCUUACCUAUGAUUGGGCGACCAAUAACAUUUACUGGACACUAUCAGGGUCUAAUGUGAUUUAUAAAGGAGCUAUUUCCGGAACAACUCAGACAAUUUCUACUCCAUCAGCAGUAAUAACUCUACAAAAACCAACAUAUAUAACAAUAAGUUCGUUGGAAAGUGUCAUAUUUGCCGUCACAGGGGAAAAUAGCAAACAGAUUGAGAUAGUUAAUCUGAGCAAUUCAUCUUCUAACAGUUUACAGAAAACUGGUUUGAUAAAUCCAAAAUGGCUGACAUAUAACAGUCCCAAAGACAGGCUCUAUUGGACAGAUGGAAAGAAACUCGGUUCAAUUACAUCUGCUGGGAAUGACUUUAAAAUAAUGUCCAUUGGUGGUAUUCACGUGCACACUAAACAUGGUAUUGGUGUAUAUAAAGAUUAUCUUCUUUGGUUACAAUCGACAGGAGGCAGCACCAGUAUGUACGUCGAUGAACUAAAUUCCGAAGAUCCAAUAUACAGUUUCGCGUUGGAAGAUCUAUCAUCUCCAUCUAUGUUUGUGUUCUAUGAUAAAAAUAUUCAACCACAAGGAAAUGUUCCAUGUGUAAAAAAUAACGGUGGUUGUCAGCAGAUCUGUUUUGUACAUGGUUAUUUUGCGAAAUGUGAUUGCCAUUUAGGAUACCAACUGCAAGCAGAUGAAAAAUCAUGCAUUCCAGAAAACAUUGAUACAACAUCCUUCCUGACUAUCGAUAAGCUGAGUAACAGACUGUAUAAGGUUUACAACUCAACAGUGAUAUCGUCAGUUGAUACAGGUGUUAUAAGCCCCGCUGAUGUUGCUGUUGAUUACAAAACUGAUUCCAUUGUUUGGAUUGAAUCAUCUUCUGGGGAUUCAAUCAAAUCUAUCAAGAUGGACGGUACUUCCGAAACGACAAUAACUUCAGAAUCUUCUAGAAUUACAAGUGUUGAUGUGGAUUCAUCAACAAGCAAUAUUUUUUAUACAACAUCUAGUUCCAUUAAAGUGUUUUCUCCAAAAGAUUCAACAAAAAGAUCAUUACUCCCUGGCUUAUCACAACCAGAUCACAUAGCGCUAUACCCAGCAAAGGGACAAAUGUUUUGGACAGAGAAAAGUAAUGGUCAAUCGGUGAUCAAGCAAGCACCCAUGGAUGGAUCAAGUGAAGAAGAAUUUGCAAGGUACACUGAGGAUAAAAUGAAAUCUCCAACUGACAUUGUAAUUGACAUGACUGAUGACAGGCUAAUCUGGAGUGAUGCUGGAACUGAUAGAGUAGAAAGUAUUAGCUUGAGUAACAGAAAUGAUGCCAGAAUAAUUUUGUCUACCACGGCAGAACGUCCUGUAGCUGUAGAUGUUGACCAGCAGUAUAUUUACUUCAUUGGUCAAGGCCAAAGGUCUGUAACAAGAAUAAACAAAGAUGGAACUAAUUCUCAGGUGGUAUUUCAUUCUAUUUUGUUUGGACGAUUAGUCACAAUACAUAAGAUGACAGAAACACGAAUAUCAGAACAUGAAUUAUGUAAGACCAACAACGGUCAGUGCAGUAAACUGUGUUUACCAAGUGGACAAAAUACGAGAACAUGUCAAUGUCGGGAAGGCGUUAGUAUAUCACCGGACGGAAAAAUUUGUACUGGGGAUAUACAAUGUCCAGAUAGUUAUAUUGAUGUUUACAUUGAUAACCAGUGCACUCGUUAUCCUGAUGUUUCCUGUAAAUACGAAUGCAAGCCUGGAUUUAAGAAGAACCCUAAUGUAACAGAGAUUAAGUGUUUGCCUCAUGGUUCGUGGGAGAUAGAAAGUAACCCUCUGUGUACCCGAAUUCUCUGCCUGACUUCAAUAACCAACGGUAACCUAUCAAGCACAUGUAACCGGUUUACUGGAACAAAAUGUAGUUUUACCUGUGGUGAUGGUUAUGACAAAGUAGUGACAACAAUGGAAUGUCUUGCUAAUGGCCAGUGGAGCGAAGAUACAACGUCUGUAUGCAAGUUAGGUAAUACUGAGACAAGUGAUGACGGGCUCAGUACCGGGGCAAUUAUUGGUUUAGCUUGUGGUGGUAUAGUACUCGUAGUAAUAGCUGUAGCAGCAAUUGUCACAUGCCAGCUACAAAGAAUGAGAAAGGAUAGUCAGAAAAUGAAAGAAGAACUACAAGUAGCAUACCAGAGGGACUAUAAUAGCUCUACUAGUGGGUAUUCUUAUACCACAGAAACUACUACAGCUGCAGACGUAGAAGUAUACGAUGAAAUUGUUGAAGAUAAAAUGUUUACCGAGAAAAUGCAAACUGCAAAAGCAUUAAGUGAAUCAAGUUCCUCUCAUAGAUACAGUAAAUGGCCAGAGUCAGACCUUCCACCUCCGGAUUACUUAGAUGUUGUAGACGUUAAUCAUGUUAAUGGUAGAUAUAGCCCAUUUCCAGAACGGAAGUCAACAUACAAUAGCCAAUCAAAUGCACCUACUGCAGAAGGGUACAUUCGUGCAUGCACAAUUGACGGUGAUACUAAUGGUUAUAUGACUCCUCUGUCGUCAUCAAUCAACAAGUCGAACACACCAUCUUAUAACAAUCACAUGUAAAAUUGUUAAUCUUAAAUUUAUAACUUUUAUAUCAAUCAUGUGAAAAAGAGGGUUGUUUCGAAACACUGAUUGACGCGGGAUAUUCGAAUAUGAUGACAGGAUUUGCAUAUCCUCUCAAUAUUUAAAUGAUGAUACUGUAAAAUUAGGUCAUUAAGCUUGAAAUUUGAAUAAAAAAAAUGUACAUGCAGUGUACCAUAAAGGCAAUUAUGUCAAUACAAAUUUCUUGUCUUUGACAACACAGGAUAAACACGUUUUCACGUCUUUGACAACACAGGAUCAACACGUUUUCACAUCUUUGACAACACAGGAUAAACACGUUUUCACAUCUUUGACAACACAGGAUCAACACGUUUUCACAUCUUUGACAACACAGGAUAAACACGUUUUCACAACUUUGACAACACAAUGUUAUAAUGUUCUUUUCCAUUUUAUUUAUUAAAAAAAAGAAGUAUAAUCAUUUAUGAAUAGUAUAGGAUUUAAUACAUUUUUUUUUUUAAUUCAGCUGCCCAGUGUUUACACUAAUUACAAAUAGACGUUUUCUCUUGAUGAUACUCAACCAAAAUAAUUGUUGUUUACUUAGGUUAUAUAUACAUCAAGUAAUUGAACAUUAUAUCCAAAUUAAUUGAUAAAAAUAUAUUGUUUGAAUGUUAGGCGACUUCAAUCCGAUAUGUUAAAGUUAAAUCAAAAUGUGUAUGAUACAUAUGUAGUUGUAUGCUCAUUAAAUAAACACAUUGUGUGGUCAUAAAAUAAC